UAAGAUGGGGCGGCGGGCGCGCUCGCGUCACAAUAACUCUUUCAAUUGACGAGUGCAGAGCAGUGCGCCGGCCAGCGGACUAAACGGACACUCAAACGGCAACAUGGCCAAAUUGCAAAUUGCGCUCUUGGUGUUAGCGUGCGUGGCGAGUGCUGCGCUUGCACAGCAGCAGCGCCGAGUCGUGCGCGUGCGCCAACGCGUUCUAGCGCAGCCGCAGGAGGAGCAGCCGGUGGCCGAGGCACGCGCUGACGCUCAGCUCAGCUACUACCACGUGGUGCCGACUCAGGAGAGCCAGGAGUACGACGAGGAGCCCCAACAGAGACCUCUGCAGCGUCAGCAGGUGAUUCGUCCUCGCGUCGAGGCCCAGCAGCGCGCCAUCCAGUCUCCGUCGCCGCGUUCCAAGGACGCCACCAGGGCGCCACCCGUUGAAACCAUCCGCAACUUCAACACCAUCAACGAUGAUGGCAGCUUCACCUUCGGCUACGAGGCCGCCGACGGCUCCUUCAAGGAGGAGACCAGAGGCACCGACUGCGUCGUCCGUGGCAAAUACGGCUACAUCGACCCUGACGGCAACAAACGCGAGUUCACCUACGUCUCCGGCAACCCCUGCGACCCCAACAACCCCGACCCUGAAGAGGAUGACCGUUCCGAGGAGGAAGACGAUUCCGAGGAGAACGUGCCCGUUCGCCGUCCAGUUGCCGUCCGACCCAACGUUUCCAGGGUUCGACCUGCCGCCCCAGCACCCAGCUCAGUCUUCCAAAACGAGUACCAGCCCCGCAGGGUGGUGACCCCCGCCCCCGUGCAGUCUGUGACUGUUGUCACCCCCAGACCCGUUGCUCGCCAGCAGACCUUUGUCCAACAAACCGCUGCUCCCGUUCAGGUGACCACCUUCCGUCCUGAGCUGCAGAGUAACCCCCCAGCCACCCAAGCCACCUUCAUCCGUUCCAGGCCUCAACCCCUUGUGCCGGCCAACGCCCCCGGAGCCAUCAACUUUGACGAGGAACUGAAGAGGUUCCAAAUCAAGCAGGCUGCCCCCGCCACCGCCACCGUCACCCCUCGCCUUGUUGCCCCCACCACUCAGCAGUUCACCAACCAGCAGUUUGUCUCCCCUAGCUCAACCGCCUCCCCCGCCAGGGCUGCCGGCCCCACCGUCAACCCUUACUACAACUCGCAGCUCAUCUUCAACCCCUCCACCGGACAGUACAACACCGUCCUGUACCAGCAGCUGCCCAAGGGCGCGGGAGAGUUCUCCCUUAACACGAGACUGCAGCCCUACGUGCACCAGCAGCAGCCCCAGCAACAGCCCUUCUUCCCCUCUCAACCUUUCCCUGGCUUCCAGGCUCUGAGGGCGGGACCCACCCCUUCUGCGCCCGUCCAGGCCGCUCCCCAGCCUCAGGCUCGCUACCCCGCCAACGUUGUGGGCGCCCCCCAUGCUCCCCAGCAGUCCUUCUACUACAUCAACCCCAACCUCCGCAACCAGUUCUCCACAGGACAGAUCGACUCCUUCCUCAAGGGCCACAACCUCCAGCUGUAGGCUGAGCAAAAAUCAUCCCUUAAUAUUGAGGAGAGAAGAAGAAGUCCCGUCCCGCCACCCCUUCGCUCGACCACACUCGGGGGUGCAUGGGUGGCCAGUCAUUUCUUAGUGCCCAAAACGCUCUGCUGUAAAUAAUUUUUUAUAUUUUUGUGUACGAGCUGCAGACGAAAACCGCUGCUGCUUUUUUGCCUCUCGAAUAUAAAGAGAAAACGUGUACGUGUAUUUUUAAUAUAUUUUUAAAAAAAAUA